AUGUCUUCCGCGCGGGGCGCUGCGGGCGCCGUUAAACCUAAACUCCACAACGUAAAUAGUAUCUACGCGGGCAAAAAUCAAAACGCCGUGAAGGCGCCCGGUGCGGGCAAGCAUGGCGGACUUCAAAGUCUUGGUAAAACAACAGCGGUGGUACGUCGUAUGCCACCACCUGCUACGUUACCUUCGUUGAGAGCGGAAAGUCAAGGACAAGACCCUAACAUUGCACUCGUGCCACAUGGUGGCACUGGUUGGGCCAAAGGGGAUGCAAGCGCAGCAAAUGGUCAAACAGAUUUUCAAUCGGUAGUAAAAUCAUCAGCCAGUUUAACGGGAUCCACAUCAACAACAACAGCUACAUUAAGUACAUUAAGCGGGAUAAACAGCGGCAACGGACCGCAUACAACCGAUUUACGACCAAAAUGGGCGAAACAACCAAAUGUUGCAGAAGCGCAGGCAGCAGCACUGCAGAAUGCGAGUGCAGUAACGGCCUCAUCAAGGGAUUUUCCAUCGCUUGCAGCUGCCACCGCAGCCAUCGCAAAACAGUCCAGCAAUGCUUUAACCGAAAGUCUCAAGCCACAGAAGUCUGGAAGUUGGCGUGCCGGAGGCAGUUCGGCAGUAUCACGAAACGAAGGAGAUAUGCCGCAGGUGACGCUACAUUCGCACUCAGGACCAUCUUACUUAUCUACUACUGUAACUGCACGUAUUGCAGACAGACAGUUGCCUUCUCGGUACUACGAUACAACAGCAGUGCCGCCACCACCACCUCCAAAUGGUACUUUCCAAGUGCCGAAACUGCAGUCAGCCAUAUCCGUUUCCAACUCAGGUCCUUUGGAAACCUUGAGCAGCCAACCAUUAUCAGCAGAAAACGCACCGACACGAAAAACGAGUUGUCCAAGCACGACAAGUGUUUCUUCAGUAACUUCUCAGUAUCCAGCAAAUGUAGCAGUUCCACCACCAAAUUACUCUCGUCCACCACCAAAUUAUGUUCCAGCGCAGACAGAUUCUGCGCGAAGCGGGUUAAAUUAUGGUGCACACUUGCAGCCAUCCGAAGACGGAACAGAUGGAAAGCAAGUACAGCCGAAAAGUGGACUUGGCGACGAAGGUUGCAACAAUCGGCGAUAUUUGGAGAAAGUGAAAGACUGUGUUAUGCUCGAACCUGCGCAGAUAACGGUAUCGAGUGAUAUCCAGUCGAAUUAUACUCGCAGGGUGAUGUGUGAUAGUCGAGGUGAUUUUGACGAAUUCACUUCUAGAGGUAAAAGUGAAUGGCAUGAUGAAGAAACGCAUAGAUGGCUUAGCGCAAUUGGCUGUCCUGCUCAGGAGUCGCAACAGUGUGCUGAAUUUUCACAAAAUGGUUAUACUCGAGAUCGCGAUGAGGAGUUAGGUCGCAGGCAGAAUAUUGAACGUGAAGCGGCUAUCGAACGUUCACGUCAAAAAAGGCGCAUGGCGAGUCAAAGCUCAGCACUAUCAGAGAGUGAAGGUGGAAGUGCACCAUCCGGUUAUGGAUCUGUCAGGAUGAUGAACGCAUAUGAAAAUGACUCAUAUCCUGAUUGGGAUCAAUCUUCUCGUGGCAGCUUUGUAUUGCAAAAGAACAAUGAUGACUCAGGAGUUAGGGAAUGUUGGGGCGUUAUGGGUGGAUACGAUGUAUCUACUCGACGGGAUGAGCAGGAAACAACACAGCGAAUUGAAUUUCGAAUGCUGAAACGCCCAGAAGGUAAAGGAGAUGUUGCACAGCAACUAUCGCAAAUGGGUGUUCAAGACAGUGAAACACACGAUGAAGAUGAAGAGCUACAACUCACAAAACUUUCACGACCAGCAGCGAAAAUCGUAAAAAGAAUGGCUCCUGGGAGCAUUCCACCGGUUGAAGAAGCAAAUAAUCAGUCUUCUGAAACAACUAACUCACAAACGCAGCGCAAACCGAUACAGCAGCAAAAGAAUACUGAUAAAAGGGCUAAUGAUUCACGCAUUCAGUCUUCUUUACAAGGACAUCAACAAAAGACACUGUUUCAUCGUGAGAUUGAUGGCACUCCAUCGAAUGAAUGGGCGGCUCAGAAACAAAAAACUUCGCUGGGUAACACGUCACAACAGUCACACACACCAACAAAAACACGAGAAGAUGGAGUCGAGGGUGCACAUGUUACAAGCGUACCAUCAAUGUUGAUGGCACCACCACCGGCAGAUAACGUUUGGGAGAAACGAGCAGAGGAACGUGAAAGUGCGGAAAGGGAACGUGCAGCUCAACAGGAUGCCUUAAAUCAGAUGCAUUUGCAGCAGCAGUUUCCUACAGUUGGUGAACAAUCAGGUAUAAGUACGAACGAACCGCUUGAUGAUUUGUCGAUAGGACGUUCCGAAAAUUCUUAUUCAAAAAAUGAACAUCAACAUGGCCGAAGAAGUGGUAAUAGAAGUCGAAAUCGAGAUUCGCAUAAAUGGACAGAAAAAAAAUGUAACUAUAGUCAGCAACACGAUGAAGUUUGCGUCCAAGAUUAUUAUGUAGCCGAAGAAGAGGAAGAUGGAAAUGGGGGAACAGAGGGAAGUGGUGGACUUUUCCACGGUCAGCGUGAAUUUGUGAAUUCGAGAGUUCAUCGUUCCGGGCGUGGUUCGUCAUCAGUAAGUUCUCGUGGUAGCAGAACUUAUGGUUGCGGUAGUUUCUUGGGAAUACGUCGUGGUGGCAGUAUGCCACACCAACAUCUUGGUACUGGACAAGCACAUCGCACCCAGAAUAGAUGUGAUCGAAAUCAGCGUCGUGGGAAAUGUCAGGAACUUCAGAAAGAUAAUUUUUCAAAUAUGGGAGAAUUUCGCGUCGAGGAUACUUAUGUGAAUGCACCGGUUGUUAAAGAACCAUUAGCAGAAGAAAAAACAGAAGAUAAGGUUUCUGGUGAUCCGGUUACAGUGCAAGAUCAUGAACGUCAUGUUCAGAGUAGAAAUAUCAGUCGUCAGGGUGGUUCUCAUCGUAGCGCACAGCAGUUGUAUGAGCCAAAAAAGCGUCAAGAAUAUAGUCGUACGGGGAGAAGAGGUACGCGCGCUGGUCCAACAAAAAUUAACUCCCAACGUAAUGGGGAUGUCCGAACAACAGGUGCUUAUCAGAAUCCACCUGAAAGGGGGAAACGAAAAAAGACUAACGAAGAGCGUAAAGUGGUAGAUGAUGAAAGUUCAUCUCGAACUCAUGGCGAUGGAUCUUACAGACGGGGUGGAAUUCGAGGAACACAUAGCAUACGUAGACGCAGGCAUUCUGGUGUGCGCCAAGGUAAUGCUCGUGGUAAUAAUCAGUCAUAUUGUAGCGGCACUGAACGUACAGCCCAGUUGAAAUCACCGGUUACUUCAGAAGGGCAUGAAGAAUGGGAAACAGCUUCCGAGAGUAGCGACUUCGCAGAUCGACAAAAACAAGUACGGCGUCAGAAUGCUUCAUCGAAAUAUGGUAACUCACGCAGAACUAUUCGCUCCAGCAAUGGACGUCGUGAAAGCGGUAUCGGAGCUGUGCCUAAUCGCACUUCAAGUAAUUCAAAAAACGUGAAACCCGCCAGCACUACGUCGCACGUGGCCACCCGCGGUGCCCAGUUAGCAAAGGAGCAGGAAACAGCGCCGAUAACACAGGGUGAAGCAGCACGAAGACCCGAUACCUGCAAAGACGGGCUGGCGGGAGUGGAUAUCAACAAUGCAGGUGUAAUAGUGAUUGAUGAUCGUCCAGAUGGACAAGUGGAUGAUGCUACAGAAAAUAAUGAUGAUUUCGAAGAAGUGUUGUCUAAGAAAAGCAGAAAACUUCGACAGCAGCAAAUAAAUGAACAGUUGGAAGCAGAAGAACGUCGAAAAAGUAAGGAAAAGGAGAAAAUUGAGCGCCGUAAAGCGCGUGUGCAGGCAAAGCGAAUAGGAAAGAGAUCAGCCGCGAAAAAUGACCGUAUUGGUCCAAACGGUGCUAAUUUAGCUAAUGAAGUUGCUCCGAAAACGACUGCUUUGAACACGAAUAAUCAUGGAGUAAGAGAUGCUGGUGGUGGUAUGAAUCGUCCAAUUUUGACAAAUGCACAAAAUACUCUCAAUACUACUGUUUGGAAUAGUUCUAUUGUUCGUGAACAAACAACACAUCCAUCUCCACCAGUUGAAAAUCAUCCGGUAAUACCGUCACCCAUAGCUCGUCCUACACCGAAAGCGCGCAUUUCUUCUGCUUCAGUAGUGAACACUGCGGUGAAAAAAGAGGUUGACCUAUGGACAGAAUCAGAUGGAGAGCAGCGGCUUCAUGCUGCACGAAAGCUCUCAGAUGGUACAGUGAAAAAGAAUGCAGAAUUUACGACGAAUUUCAACGCUGCUAAUACAACUCAUGGGGAAAAUGGACAGUACCAAUUUACGUUUGAUUCUUCCUUGCAAGAUAACACGCAGAGCUUGAAAAGAUCAUCAAAGGAAGCUCUGGUAACGAAAGGUGAUGGUGCUUCACCUUUGACAAACAUCGCACUUGAAGCAAAUGAUGAUGAGUGUCUAAAGCAAAGAUUAGAUAAAGUAAAAGACUUCUGGCCCGGUCAACAACAAUUUGCAAAUAAUUUACUUGGAAGUGGUAAUGAAAGUACCACAAUUGCGCCGUUGGUUAAUGAUAAAAGCGGAUCUACUAAUGUUGGAGUUUCUUCAGUGGCACAUGGUCCAAAUGUUGCUAAAGUCAGACCGCAGCCUCAAGCAAGUGAACAAAUAGCGAACAGUGCUACCGUAAAUUUGAAAGAAGCGAAUUCGUCGACUCCGUUUGUUCCACUUCUUCCACCACCUUCUCCUAUUGCGUGUUUGCCGCCAGGAGCUUACCUGCAAUCUCUUACGCAAGUUCCACCACCGGCGCCAUUUCCACAUUAUUCGAUGGUGUUCAGCGAAUCGUAUAACCCGAAUUCAUCGACUACUUCUCCUGCUCAAACUUUAAUUGGAAAUGCUAUACCAGCAAGUCAAACUCAGACAACGCGUUCGCGACCUGGUUCAUUUGUCGAGCAAUCACAACUCUUCAUUCAUCCACCUCCUAGUGGUGCAACAGGAAAUAGUAUGACUUGGUCGAAUGCUAAUCCACAAAUUGAAUUACUGGCAGGGAUCAACGCCACACCUCCACUUGCAUCACAGCCUGUCAGUUCCGUGCAGCGUUUCCAACCUCGAUCCGCUUCAGCAUUUGGUCCGGUGCCGUCAGUUUUGAGCAGUAAUGCUAAGAUCCCUCAUAUGGGGCGACCUCCACCUCAUCCGCAUCAAGUUCCUCCACCAUUACAUCCACCACAUAAUUUUAUGGCUCCUCCGCCAGAUUUUGUUUCUCUGCAAGGCACUAGUUUAGGUGCUGUCGGUAGUCAACGCAGCGGCGAAACGCACCCUACAACGAAUAAUCCUUUAUCCAGAAAUACAAACGGUACUAUAGGACAAAUUCCACAUUUACAGCAGGCGUCACAAACUGGAUACUCUGUGUCCGCUGCUGCCACCUUCAAUCAGGCACCGCAACUUCAUGCAUUCACAGCUCCACCACCACCAAUACGUUAUCCGGCACUUCCACAACUUGCCAGCAAUGAUGCGAAUGGUGUUGUGACUGCUGGCUGGACAAGGGCCCCUGCUCUUUCCUUCAAAUAUACGAAUAGUGCUGUUCUUCCAGCAAGUCGUCCUCCCUUAUCACGUUACCAGUCAUCGGAUCGUUGGACUGUUCCAGUAAGCCUUCCAGUGCAGUAUCUCAGCACACAAAAUUACCAGCAUCAAAAUGCUAAUAAAGACAGUAGUGAUACUGUUAUUCACGGAAAUAUUGAUCGCUUCCAAGGAACUCAUGUGAACAGCACUCGUGGCGCGACACCUGAAGAAAACAGCGUUCGUGCAAGUUCGGUGUCUAGCAUUUCUGCUUCCGGCACUACGGCUGAAUCACUGGAUAGUUCAAAUCGACAAAAAAAAGCAGCCAAAGUUUAA